AGAUGGAUGGAAUCAUUACCGAUUGAUCGAUCGGUUGGCCUGUCGGCUGGCCAGUAGGAUAUUACUGAUUCGAGUGUUUGGUGGUGGGUGGAGUGCCGAGAAUUGCGUGCCUCGUCUUCUGCUUCUGCGCGUCUCGCGGGACACCUUCCGUCCCGGAGUGCUGUGUAUCCACCGUGGCGUGCCCCGGAAAUGCAUUGCAGCGGGUAUCACACGACGAGUUGGACAAGUGACAGGUGCUCGAGGAGGUGCUGAAGUGGAUUAAAGAAUUCGGUUGCAAACCAUGGAGGUGGCUCCGACGAGCGUUGAGGAGGGAAGACUCCGGAACAGGAGUUUGGGUCCAGGUAAAAGGAGGGAUGGCUGGACGCAGAGCAAGCGGAUGAAUCCCACCAGGUUUUGUCGACCAUCCGUUUGCGGAAAUGACAGUCAGUGAAAUUGGCUCGUAGCCAGCGAGGGAGAAAGCGGUUGCACUGGAGACGACGCCAGAGAGACGGAGAUCACGUAAGUACCAAGUGCUGACGGGCGUGGAAGUUAGAGGCGUGCGUGAGAGUGAUGAUGUCGAAAGGUCCUCUCACCGGUUCAAAGCUGCCUCGGCCACCACGCUCUGUGAUUUCAAGACUGGAAACGAAUUGUGCCCAUACUCCGUGCAUUGCUAUUCUAUGGUGUUUCACUUCUGGCCGUUUCUGGGAGGAGGACGACGAUGGGGAAGCGAAGGCACUAAGGGUACCGCACGUGUUCCAGGCCUUGGAGCAGGGAGAAGAAAGACGGCUACGUAGAGCCCGUGCUCUAGCAGCGGGGAUAGCAGCAGCAAACACAGCAGCUAGAGAGCAGGCAACAGCAGCCAGAGCAGCAGCGAUGGCUAAUGGCGCAAGCUCUGCUGCGUCAUCAUCUGCGUCCUCGUCAGGGACUAAUGGGGGCCAGUUGGGAAUGCCAACGAGUUCCACAAGUUCCUCGGGCACUUCCGGUUCCACAGGUUCUAGACAGUCUUCUAGUCAAAUGGCGGGAUCGCAGUUCAGCCCGUUGACCCCGCGUCAGAGGGAGCUCAGAGAGAUCCAGCAGGUCGAGAUGCUCCGCCGUAAGUUAGAGCAGGACCUGAAAGAAGCUACCGAUAGAGAAAAUGCUAUGAAAACUAGAGCAGCCAGGCUUGAAUCUUUAGAGGCUGACAAGGCUGAAUUAGAGAGCUUGGAUGAGUCAGCAUUGACUGACCCGCUCAAAGUAUUGAAGAAAAAUAUGCUGUCACUACACGCACACGUGGACAGCAAGUUAGACUUCAUGCAGAGCACUCUAGACCAGAUCCUGGAUGCUUUGACAAGGCCAGGAUUCCGGCCACCAGCACAAUCGCCGUUGCCGUUAUCGGCGAUGUCAGGCCCCUUUCCGGUUCAAGCUGGUACACAACCAAGUGGCACAUCUGCAGCAGUCGCACAGACUGUUGCAUCUUCUUCUUCGAGUCCAGCGGUGGUUGCUUCACCACCGCAACAGGCUAGUCCUCAACAAGGACAACCGCAAGGUCAAUGGUACCCUAAGACCCCGAUGAAACCGCCUCUUGCCUUCUCAGGCGAGAACAAGGACGAGGAACUCAUCACAUGGUUGAGGACAGUCCCGGUUUGGGUGAAGGCAAAGAGGACCUUGCCUGAGGACGAAGUGGUAACUGCUGCAUCUUACCUCGAGGGUAAGGCAGCCAAAUGGCUAGAUGGUGUAGUGAUAAAGGCCGGGUAUGGGAGACGCAUGGAAGACUGGGCUAAGUCAUUGACGUUAGACCAGUUCAUAGAAAUAGUAGAAGCUCGCUGGCAUAAUCCACAGGAGGCACAAAAAACCAUUGAUGCGAUUAACAAGUUGGACCAACGAAAGUUCAAAUCGGUCAGAGAGCUUACGACUACCGUUGAAAGCCUAAUCCUCGUCCCAGGCAUCAACUACAGUGACCAGUUCUUGUUAACUACGUAUGUUAGAUGUUUGCCAGAGAACAUCAGGAACUUACUAGCCAGUGAGGCACGCACCGAGUACCACUCGUUUGAGACAUUGUCUAGGAAAGCCUUAGACUUGGAGGCCACGCUAGGCAAUGCUCAACCCACAUCAGGGAAUGACUCCAAGAAGAAGAAGAGUCCUCAGGAGUGGAAGAAGAAGGGGGCGAAGUUGAUGAUGGGGGAGUCCGAUGGGACCCAAACUGAGAUCGACGAGCUCACUGACCUGAUGGACUACACAGAGUUUGAUGGCGAGGAGGCUGCUGAGGGUAGCACCCUCGCCGCAGUAAAGUCCGGGGAAACGGAUGAGGCCUAUCAGGCCCUGAUGCUGCUUCUGAUUACCGAAGCUAAGCAACGGUCGGAUGCAGUAGCAGCCGCAACAAAGAAGAAGGCAGAGAAUGCCGAGAAGGCACGUCUGUUGGCAAUUGAACAACAUCGCCAGCAAGACGAGGCAGCAACAAAGGUUGCCGAUGAAGAACGACUUCAACGACGUGAGAAGAUAUUCAGCGCAGAGCGAGCUUUGCUCACAAUGGCAGCGCACUGGCGGACCGAGGCUGAGAAUGUGAAGCUGGAAGAGAGUGGAAACAAGAUCGCUCUACUCCUUUCCCAUCUCACAGACCUCCUGGCCACGUGCAUUGCACAACAGGAGGACAUUUACAACCUCGACGACGCGGUUCAUACACACAAUCAGGUGUUUGAUCAACUCACCAGCCGCCUCCAGCAGCUGGAACAAUCCGUCGCCGCCCCCGUUGCCAGCUCUUCCAACACCUCCAAUCGCCUCGAGGCAUUGGAGAUUGACGUCGAAUCCCUCAAGGACGGCGUGCAGUUACAGCAAACCACAACGCAACAGUUGGAGCAGCGGAUUUGUACUGCCGCCAACCACUCGAACUCGGAACUGCGCGAGACAACUCCAAAGUUCGAUGGGCAGGAGAUCGUCGACGACUCGACGAAGACGGACCCGAUUCCAUGGUUCCGCAAGUUCGAGCUCACGUCGCAGCUACACUACAUCAGCGAGCACAAGCAUCACGCAUACUUGUAGAAGGCAAACCCGACGACGAUCAAGUUGGCGGACAGAAGGACGCAGCAGCUUAUCGACCACUACAUCGAGGCCGUACCGGUGUAUUUUGCACCUCAUGCAUGCGACCUGGUGACAUUUGACAUUUUGGACACGGACUUCGACAUUAUUUUGGGAAUGCCUUGGCUUGCAAGUGCGGAUCACACGGUCAACUUCCACCGGCGGACUCUUACCGUUCGCGAUGCCUUCGGCGCUGAAGUGUCGUGUACUAUUCCUCUCGCGCACCCUUCGAUUCGGUGCCAAGGGGUGACGGCCAAAUCAUUCCGGGCUACUUGUGCUUACGAGCAGCCCGACGAAAUCGGCUUAUGUUUCCUACGGACUGUCGCGGUAGCCGACUAUUCACCCACGGACUUGUCUUCGGACCCCCGUGUGGUGCGGUUGCUUGACGAGUUCGCCGACAUCUUUAAGUCACCUACCGUUAUGGUCCCGGAUCGGCCGAUCUCUCACGAGAUCAUUCUCGAGGCCGGUGCCGUGCCGCCGAAAGGUUGCAUUUUCCGCAUGAGCGAGGAGGAGCUUACGGUCCUCCGCGCGCAACUCGACGACUUGUUGGACAAGGGUUGGAUCGGCCCUAGUAGCUCUCCAUAUGGAGCGCCAAUUCUCUUCGUACGGAAGAAGAACAAGGAUCUACGAUUGUGCAUCGACUACCGCCAGCUCAACGCGCAAACCGUCAAGAAUGCGGGGCCUCUUUCUCGCAUCGACGAUCUUCUUGAGCGAUUGGGCGGCGCAAAGUAUUUUUCUAAGUUGGAUUUGAAGUCAGGAUAUCAUCAAAUCUUGAUCCGACUGAACGAAUGUUACAAAUCCGCGUUCAAGACGCUGUAUGGGCAUUUUGAGUGGGUGGUCAUGCCUUUUGGCCUCACCAACGCCCCGGCGACCUUCCAAAUGGCAAUGACCAACGAGUUUCGUGCGAUGUUGGACCGGUUUGUGCUGGUCUACUUAGACGACAUUCUCGUCUAUAGUCGGUCAUUGGAGGAUCAUCUUGAGCAUCUUCGACGAGUGUUGGAGACGCUCCGUCGCGCCAAGUACAAGGCCAACCACGACAAGUGCGAAUUUGUCCGGCAAGAGUUGGAAUACUUGGGCCAUUUUGUCACACCGGAGGGCAUCAGUCCGCUAUCGGACAAGAUCCAAGCCAUCCAAGAGUGGUCGGAGCCGCGGAAGGUCACGGAUGUCCGUUCGUUCCUUGGCCUUGCCAACUACUACCAACGUUUUAUCAAGAGAUACUCGAAGAUCGAGACCCACUUGACCAAGCUUCAAUGCGAGGAUUGGCCGUUUGACUUCGGGGAGGAUGCACGGGAAUCAUUUCUGGCUCUCAAAGCCGUGCUAUUAUCUGCGGUGGUCUUGCGCAUAUACGGCCCGCUAUUGCCAACGCGCGUCAUUACGGAUGCGUCCGGCUAUGGCAUUGGUGUUGUCCUCGAGCAACACGAUGGCGUGAACCGACACCCGGUCGAGCACUUCAGCAAGAAAGUGUCCGUCGUGCAUUCCAUUGAUGAUGCACGCAAGAAGGAGCUCCUCGCCUUCGUCCACACGCUCAAGCGGUGGCGGCACUUCCUCCUGGGUCGAAGUCAAUUCCGAUGGGUAACGGACAACAAUCCGUUGUUCUUUUACAAAACCCAAGACACCGUCAACAGCACCAUCGCUUGAUGGAUGGCUUUCAUCGACCACUUCGACUUCUUUCCCGAUCACAUUCCGGGGAAGUCAAACCGUUUUGCGGAUGCUCUUGUUCUGGUCUGCACCAUUUCGGAGAAGGAGAACCAAUUUGCUAUUCCGCCUGCGAAAAGGAGAAAGGCGGGAAGUGGUGAGAUCGUGAUAGCGACAGACAUGACAACAGUCAAGCGGCAGACCCUAGCGGGUUCCUGCAUCAGGAGAGAGCUGACGCCGUCUGUGAACAACAUGCGAGGCAGAGAGAUAAGUCCUGCUGUCUCAUUAGACAGAGGCUCAGAAUGCCCCGAUGGGAACUGGGAAGGCUUAGCCUCUGUUAUAGAUGCUGAUAAGUUACUGAAUGAAAAGCACCCACCGAA